AUGGGUGCGCGACGCUAUGAAGAUAAAGCACUUAAAAUUCAGGCAAGUGGAGAGCCAGAUGUGGCUGAAAGAGUGGAUCUAGAAGAGCUGAUUCAGUGUGCAACUGGCAAAAUGGAGCUUUAUGCAAGAACUGACCCUUCUGAGCAAGUUGAGGGAAAUUGUAAAAUGACUGCCCUGCAUUUGGCCUGUGUCAAUGGCCAUCCAACGGUGGUAGCUCUUUUGGUGAACAGUGGAUGUCAACUUAAUGUCUUUGAUGACAAAAACAGGAUAGCUCUGGUAAAGGCGGUACAAUGCCAGAAAGAGGAAUGUGCGACUACUUUGCUAAAACACGGCGCUGACCCAGAUCUUCCAGAUGUCUAUGGCAAUACUGCCCUACAUUAUGCUGUCUACAAUGAGGAUAUCCCAAUGACCAAAAAACUGCUUUUGCAUCAUGCCAAUAUUGGAUUAGCAAACAAGGAUGAACUCACACCAUUUUUACUAGCUGUACAUGAAGAAAAACAGGAAAUGGUAGAAUUUUUAAUAAAGCAAGAAGAAAAUUUAACUGCAGUUAAGUUUGAAAGACAUAGCAUUCACCAACUAAUGCUUGAAUACAAAGAAAAUAAGACAUCUGGAAAUCCUCAAAAUAGCAAUGCAGUUGAAAUGGUGCACGCGGAGAUGGUAGUGCUGCUGGAAGCUGGUCCGCACUGUCGUACGCCCAGCUGGGCAAUGUUUGCGCUGCCAGAUGUGGAGCAGUCGUGGCUAGCGAUUGUGGUCCAUCUUGAUAGAAAAUACAGCUCAUGUUCCACCAUAUUGCUAGAUAACAGCACAGUCAGCGAGCCUGAUCUCAGGCACAUAUUAGAAAGUGUGACUUUGGCAAUAUAUUACAACAUCAAGCACAGAUAUGCAAAUAGAUCUCUGGCUAUUUUUGAUGAACCAAUACAUCCACUUUCACAAGAAAAGAUUCCAGGGAAAUCCUCUGAGGAUAAUCCCACACGCAACUGCAUUUUCAGAUAUUUCUGUAAUCUGUUUAAAGUCACAAAACUAACAGCUCCAUGUGCAAUGGUAGCAUUGGUGUAUAUUGAACACCUUUUAACUAAUGCUAACAUCGAUCUUUGUCCUACUAAUUGGAAACAAAUUCUCCUCAGAGCCAUGCUUCUGGCCUCUAAGGUUUGGAGAAAUCAUCGUCACUGGAGUGUGGAUGACAGCCAGAAUCCCAAGGAUGUUGCAGUUGAGACAAUGAGUACGAUGGAGAAGUGUUUUUUGGAGCUACUUGAGUUUAAUAUUCAUGUGUCUACCAGUGUUUAUGCGAAAUAUUACUUUGACUUGCAUGCCUUGGCAUACGACCAUGACCUGUAUUUUAUAUUUAGUUUUCUUCACAAAGCUAAAGCACAGAAAUUGAAGGCUAUGUCACGGCCGUGUGAAUACAAAGACUUGCAUCAAGAUGUCGCCGCUAUGAGAAUGGCCGUCAGCAUGGAUUUCAUUGGCAUUCGGCAUACUAAUGCCAUCCUAUCUUAAAAAGAGAAAUUAGCAUUAUAAGAUCCUGGACUUGUCAACUAUAAAGACUACAAAAUAUCACUUCUCCUGCUGAAAAAGUCCAGCAAAAUUAGGAGUUUCUUUUUUUAUGUUUUUAAAUUUUACUGUUGUUGUUGUUUCUGUUGUUGUUGUUGUUGAUUAGGAUUUUCAUAGAGCAGAGGCUUCUUCAAAUAACCACACUGUGAAGCUGGGUGACGGCGGCAUGAACAGUGGUGCCAGGUGCUACCUGCCCUUCUUGUUCCUCUGAGUCCAGAUGGCAUUCCUAGGGCACCACCUUCUUGAACAACUCUUGGGGAGGAAGACUGUCACAUGGACACAGCACAUCCCAGUUCAGAGUCCACAGUCACCCACAGUCCCAAGCAGGUGACAGUCUGAGCUGAGCUGCAAUUCAAAAAACUUUAGAAUUGGCUCCAGAUUUGUGAGAGUACCUGGGUUUGGAUCUCUGUCCAUGGAGGCACUGAAUGCACGAUGGCCUGAAACAACAAGUGUGGGAAGAGAGAAUGGCAUGGGGACAAGGCUGUCAUCACUCCAAGUACCAUGGGGGCUCAGGCCUGUUCAUCUAGUCUUUGGAGGGAAUCUGUGCAUGUGAAAUGAGGCUCCCACAUCAUGGUUAUAAACAGAGAGAUGAAAUCAGCUCAUAUUCCCCCAGGCCCAUAAUGGUCAUGCCAAAACACAGAGUCUUGCUGUGUUACCAGGCUGGAGCACAGUGGCAAGAUCUC